AUGGAUAGUGAACAGUGGAAAAUCUUAUUAAGUACAGUCAAAGAUCCAAAUAAGGACAAUGUAAUUCAGAAAAUAAAAGAACGAUUAAAAGCAGAAGAUGAAGAUGAGUAUAAAAAAUGGGAGAAAGCUCUAAAGGAAGAUCCCUUUUACAUAAAUUAUUUAUUUACCAGUGGAUAUUCAUUAUUACAUUUAGCUGCUCAAUUUGGUUAUAAAGACAUAGUAGAAGCUCUAAUAAAAAAAGGCGCAAGUGUUAACGCAGUAGGUGGAUAUAAUUGGGCUUCUUUGCAUUUGGCUGCUCAAAAUGGUCAUGCUGAGAUAGUAAAUGCUCUAUUAGCAAAAGACGCAGAUGUUAAAGCAGCAGACCAAUAUGGACGGACUCCUUUGCAUUGGGCUGCUGAAAAUGGUCAUGCUGAGACAGUAAAUGCUUUAUUAGCAAGAAACGCAGAUGUUAAAGCAGCAGAUCAAUAUGGAGAGACUCCUUUGCAUUUGGCUGCUGAAAAGGGUCAUGCUGAGAUAGUAGAUGCUCUAUUAGCAAGAGAUGCAGAUGUUAACAUAGUAAAUGAAAAUAAUAAUACUCCUUUGCAUUUUGCUGCUUGCAAUGGUCAUAAAGGCAUAGUAGAUGCUCUAUUAGCAAACGGUGCAAACGUUAACGCAGCAGGUAGAUAUGGACGGACUCCUUUGCACUGGGCUGCUGAAAAGGGUCAUAAAGGCAUAGUAUACGCUCUAUUAGCAAGAGGUGCAGAUCCUUUACUAAAAAGCAACAACAGAGAAACUGCAAGAAACCUUGCUCUGAAAAGUUAUAUAGCAAACACAUCGUUAAAAAGAGGUACAAAUUCUUCACUAAAAAAUAACAAAUGGGAAACUACAAGAGGCCUUACUCUGAAAAGUUAUAUAGUCAACGCACUAUUAAAAAGAGGUUCAGAUUCUUCACUAAAAAGCAACAACAGAGAAACUGCAAGAGACCUUACUCCGGCAGGGGAUUACAAAGGAAUAGCUAAGCUGUUAGAAGAAGCGGAAAAAAGACGAGCGAUCAAAAAGGGAGUUAUUUACGGUGGUAUAACCUCAGCAUUAGGUGCUACAGUAGCAGUGGAACUGUUUGCAGCUGAUAUGAUUACAGUUGGGUUGAAUUCUAUAUUGGCAGCAAUGGCUGCAAUUGCAGCAGCAUCACUGGUUAUUGGCUUCAUUACAUAUUAUGUGUUAAAGCCUAGCACUGAAGUAAAUGAAGUGCAAGAAAUUCAAGCCGCGGAUAGGCAGACCGCAAGAAGCAUGAUGCUUGAGAGGGUAGUGUAA